AUGGAGUCCAGACUAGGAUGGCUAUCUAACUUGCAGACCGACACUGGUUCUAACUUGAGAAGAACCUCUAUCAUCGGUACUAUUGGCCCAAAGACCAACAGCCCAGAGACUUUGGUUGCUUUGAGAAAGGCCGGUUUGAACAUUGUUAGAAUGAACUUCUCUCACGGUUCUUACGAGUACCACCAGUCCGUCAUUGACAACGCCAGAAAGUCUGAGGAGCUAUACCCAGGCAGACCUUUGGCUAUCGCUUUGGACACCAAGGGCCCAGAGAUCAGAACUGGUACCACCACCAACGAGGUCGACUACCCAAUCCCACCAAACCACGAGAUGAUCUUCACCAUUGACGACAAGUACGCCAAGUCCAGUGACGACAAGAUCAUGUACAUCGACUACAAGAACAUCACCAAGGUCAUCGAGAAGGGCAGAGUCAUCUACGUUGACGACGGUGUUUUGUCUUUCGAGGUCUUGGAGGUCGUUGAUGACAAGACCCUGAAGGUUAAGUCCUUGAACGCCGGUAAGAUCUGCUCUCACAAGGGUGUUAACUUGCCAGGUACCGACGUCGACUUGCCAGCUUUGUCCGAGAAGGACAAGGCCGACUUGAGAUUCGGUGUCAAGAACGGUGUCCACAUGGUCUUCGCUUCUUUCAUCAGAACCGCCAACGACGUCAAGACCAUCAGAGAGGUCUUGGGUGAGGACGGUAAGGACAUCAAGAUCAUUGUCAAGAUUGAGAACCAGCAGGGUGUCAACAACUUCGACGAGAUCUUGGAGGUUACCGACGGUGUCAUGGUUGCCAGAGGUGAUUUGGGUAUCGAGAUCCCAGCUCCACAAGUCUUGGCUGUUCAGAAGAAGCUGAUCGCUAAGUGUAACUUGGCCGGUAAGCCAGUUGUCUGUGCCACUCAGAUGUUGGAGUCUAUGACUUACAACCCAAGACCAACCAGAGCUGAGGUUUCUGACGUUGGUAACGCUGUCUUGGACGGUGCUGACUGUGUCAUGUUGUCCGGUGAGACCGCCAAGGGUAACUACCCAAUCAACGCUGUCACCAUGAUGGCUGAGACCGCCUUGAUGGCCGAGCAAGCUAUCCCAUACAUCCCAACCUACGAUGACUUGAGAAACUGCACUCCAAAGCCAACCUCUACUACUGAGACCAUCGCUGCUGCUGCUGUUGCCUCUGUCUUCGAGCAGAGAGCUAAGGCCAUCAUUGUCUUGUCUACCACUGGUAGCACCCCAAGAUUGGUCUCUAAGUACAAGCCAAACGUCCCAAUUAUCUUGGUCACCAGAAACCCAAGAACUGCUAGAAUCUCUCACUUGUCCAGAGGUGUCUUCCCAUUCGUCUACGAGAAGGGUACUGAGUCCGACUGGACCAAGGACGUCGAGAGCCGUCUGCAAUUCGGUAUUGAGCAGGCCAAGGAGUUUGGUAUGUUGAAGGAGGGUGACACCAUCGUCACCAUCCAAGGUUUCGCUGCUGGUGUCGGCCACUCCAACACCUUGCGUGUCUUGACUGUCUAA